AGCGAUGAUCCACGGCGUUGAAAUCCCAAGAAAGGCGGUGUGGCGUCCGUAGCUAUUUUGGCUCAAACCGCUACUGCUCAGGCCACUUGGCUUUUGCCGAGGUCACGCCACCACUUGCCCCGACGCCAAGCCGUCCUAUACCAAAUGAGCUCCCGAGUUUCUCCUGAGCCGAAUUGGUCGCAGAAGGUUCGUUACAUACCAGCGAAUGUGAACGGCAAGCAGGUAGUGGUCAGCCAGGGGGGAGACGCGUUCCUCGUCGACAACAUCGAGCUGAGGAGCGCAGGGAUGCCUGGAGUCCAGGGCCGGUUCAGCAAGGACUUGGAUGACCGGGAUCCAUCCGCAAUUGUGAUGUUUGGUUCCAAGGUGCAGGGCGAACUCGAGGGCGAUUGACUCAAGGUGGUGCUUCCAGAGGCAGCUCCAAGGCCGCAAGAAAUGCUGCCCGCGGGGAGGGUUCGUUACAUACCAGUGAUGGUGCACGGCAAGCAGGUGGCGGUCGGCCAGGGCGGAGACACGUCGACAACAUCGAGCUGAGGAACGCAGGGAUGCCUGGAGUCCAGGGCCGGUUCAGUAAGGACUUGGAUGACCGGGAUCCAUCCGCAAUUGUGACGUUCGGUUCCAAGGUGCAGGGCGAGCUCGAUGGCGAUUGGCUCAAGGUGGUGCUUCCCGAGCCAGCAACGGCCGCUGGGGUUCCCGCUGGGAUUCCCGCGAACAGCCACGUGGUGCACGAGAAGUAUGUUGGCCCCAAUACAAAAAUGUUUGGCCUCGGUGGCUGCCUCUUGUGCGGUUGUCUGGCCCUUCUCAUCUUUGCCUGCCCCGUUGACGAGCGGGAUGUGUACGUGGCGCCGAAUGGGGCCAAGUACACCCUGAGCGGCGCCCGGAUCCAGUAGACCUGAGGGCCUCCUCCUCCUCCUCCUCCUCCUUAUCCCUCUCCUCCGAGGCCCUUGCCCAACCUCCUCCAACUCGCGCUCUUGUGCGGCUCCGCGAGGGGCUCGCGCUUUUUGCCGAGCUCUGUACGCCGCUCACCCGCUCACCUAUGUUUGAGCCGGCUGGGAGAGCCCACAUACAAUUGGAUCAUAACCCGUCUGCGAGGCCAGAGCCAUGAGCGAUGGAUAGAGUCCAUCGCCGCUUUUUUUACAGACAGGCGCUCGCGCACGGUCGGACGGAAUGACGUCUGCCCUGCCGAAGUCCGGUGGGGAAAGCGUGUUGUGGCGAGCUUCUCUUGUUUUCUCCGGCGAUUCCCUACACGAUGCUCAGUUUGCCUCUUCCUGCUCCUCCUCGAGCCGACGGUCGGAGGGCGCGUCGUCGGCGCGCGCCCCGCGGGCUCGGAGGAGCAAUGCCUCGUGGUGUAGAGUGCCGCGAGGGUCGAGGCCGCAAGGGAAAACACAAUUGUUUCCAACCAUCCUGUGCUGUUGGGUCC